GCAGUUGAAAAAGAGGGUCUCUCGAGAUCUGCACGCUUCCGGAUCCCAGGUUUCAUAUCAUUAAGCUUGAGAAGAAAACAAAUGGCUGCCCACAAGAUCGCGCAUGCCACUUUGAAGGGACCGAGUGUGGUCAAGGAGAUCUGCAUCGGGAUCACCCUGGGCAUUCUCGCUGGUAGCGUGUGGAAGAUGCAUCACUGGAACGAGCAGAGGAAGACCAGAGCCUUCUAUGAUAUGCUUGAGAGGGGCGAGAUCAGUGUUGUUGCUGCUGAAGAAUAACUUACAAAUGCCUUUCUUGUGGUGAAGGAUGUGUAGUUCGACAACAUUUCUCUCCAUUUAAAUUGAUUUGUUUUGUGGUUGGACCAUCGAAUAAGUUCACAUCAUGGAUCUUGAGAAACUUUACGUACUCUUUGCACUGAAAUGGAAUGAUUAUUGGAAUUUUUUAUUUGCCCA